AUGCUAGCACUUAUCUUUCGCAUUAGCACAUCGUUUUCAGCUACAACCAGUUCCAUCAAAAAUACUGCAGACGGUAUUUACUGUACAUUAUCCAAGUCAAUUUGCUUAAGUGGACGAGAAAUUAUUGUUGUAAAACCACUGAAAAGUUAUUUAUCUAUCGAAUCAUAUUUACGAAGCCAGUAUCAUCUUGAGUUCGACGAACUUUUACGCGUUUCGGAGCUAAGAAUUCUUGAAGUGGCCAAAACUAUAGAAGUUUCCGGUUCAAGAAGUAAUUUACAGAACUCCAACUAUUUUUGGCCAGCGCGAGAGUAA